UUCAAGAAUUUAGCCAAUCGGAAACGUAGGGCGAUUCAUGUCGGGCGGUGUCCUGGGUGUUGUUCCCGAGUGAGAGGAGCGGAGACCCCCGGGGACAGGAUGCCUCUGGUUGCUCGCUGUAUCGAGCCGCGCUUCCUGUGCCGGCAGAAGCUUCCUGCUGUCCGCAGUGAGCUGGAAUGUAUGACCAACCUGACUCUGUCCAAUGUUAUCCGCCAGCUGGGGAGUCUGAGUCGCUAUGCAGAAGAUAUAUUUGGUGAGCUGUUCGUGGAGGCGAGUCUCUUUGCUGACCGUUUGGGGACCUUGGGGGAGAGAGUUGAGAGACUUCAGGUCAAGGUGACACAAUUAGAUCCAAAAGAAGAGGAAGUGUCUCUCCAGGGUAUAAAUUCACGAAAGGCAUUCCACAGUAAUACUUCACAGGACCAACAGAUGUUUGUUCGUGACUCUCUCUCCCUCCCUGUAUGUGAGACAUACAUUUUAUGCAACAUGCCUCCACCUCUAAACAUUUUGUCACCCUACAGAGAUGAUGGGAAAGAGGCCUUAAAGUUUUAUACAGAUCCCUCAUAUUUCUUUGACCUGUGGAAAGAGCAAAUGCUGCAGGACACCAAAGACAUCAUGAAAGAGAAGCGCAAGCACAGGAAAGAAAAGAAGGAUAACCCUAACCGUGGGAAUGUGAAUCCACGCAAGAUCCGCACCCGUAAAGAUGAGUGGGAGAUGAAGAAGAAGGGGGUUGAGUUUGUUGAACCCAAGAACCAGGAAGUGGGACCACAGAUGUAUCCUAAUGGGUCUGUCAGUCCAGUGGAUGGCUUAGACAUGGGUCAGUACCCACCACCCCCUCAAUAUGAGGAUACUCCGCCAUCUCCAGUAAUUGAUGACUCUCUUCCUCCACCCCCUAUGGAAUUCAGCCCUUCGGGUCAUCGUGCAAGUUUGGUUAGCCCUGCUCACCCUCCUCCAGCUCCUCCAAUUAUCUCCCCACCAGGCCGACCCAAUUUUUCCCCUCCUGCUCCUCCGCCUCCUCCACCCAGUGGAGCACCUCUUGAAUUUUCCUACUUGCCUCCACCCUCUCCACCAGCCUCUGCCCCCAACCCAAGUUUCCCAGCACCGCCACCACCUCCUGUCCCCAUAUCAAUGGAGUAUAUCCCAGCCUUUCCACCCUCCCCCUUGUCUCCAGUACUUCCACCUGCUGGAGGUCCUCCUCCCCCACCACCUCCCCCACCACCACCUCCUCCAGGCCCUCCACCUCCUGGUCCUCCUCCCCCUAUUUUCAGCCAUACAGAUGGGGAUUCGUCCACUCACAGUGCCAAACCGAAAUCUUCGCUCCCCCCUGUUAGUGAUGCUAGGAGCGACCUUCUUUCUGCCAUUCGUCAAGGGUUCAAUCUUCGAAAAGUGGAGGAGCAGCUGGAACAUGAAAAACGUGAUAUUGGUGGAAAUGACGUGGCCACUAUUCUGUCCCGUCGUAUUGCAGUAGAAUAUAGUGAUUCUGAAGACGACUCUUCAGAAUUUGACGAGGAUGACUGGUCUGAAUGAUCUCUGCACCCAUGUUUACAUAGGUGGUCCAGAAAAUACAGUUAAAAGAAACUAGAACAGCUGCUAGAAUUGGAGAUACAACUAGGGAGAUUCACUGUUCUAGAGAGGGAAGGCUCACUUCCUGUGGAAGUUGAAGUCAUUCUGGUGUAAUAAAAAUAUCCAUCGCUGUGCCUUUAAGAAAAGGGGGUUCACUUAUAGGGUGGGAAUUGUGCAAACCAAUUUGAUAUUCAUUUAUUUUCAGAAUGCAUUCCUAUGUGUCACAAUAUACAAAACCUUAUAUAAGGGGCACCUUGGUUAGGUUAAAUGUUAUCUCUUAAAGGGUGACACCUCUCUUGCCAUAAAGAGAAAUCUUGCUUAUAUUAUUUCCAUGCUUUUUAUAGAUUCCAAGUUUUUACAAAUUUCAACCAAAGCUAACCUAUGUGCCUUAAAUUGAGCAUGACUUCAGAUUUAUGUCAAGUCUGGAGCCAAAUAUGUAUUUGUUAUUGUAAUUUUAAUGCAGCGGUUACUUUAAAAUGUCACUUAAAAAUUAAAGGGACAGUAAAGUCAAAAUUGAACUUUCAUGUUGCUGAUAGAGAAUGCAAUUUUCUUCUAUAAGGUAGGAUCAAGAGCAACAAUGAACUACUGGGUGCUAGCUGCUGAUUGUUGGUUGCUCAUAUAUUCCACUUGUGAUUGGCUCACCUAAUCUCCCAGGAGUGCACUGUAAAUUGGAAAGUUGUUAAAAGAAAUUGUAUGCUCUAUAUGAAUCAUGAAAGUAAAAAUUUAGAUUUCAUGUCCCUUUUGAAUAUAAUGGUUAUUCUUUUAGGUCAAAAGAUCAUUAUUCUUAGUUCCGAAUGAGAGCACCAAAGGGAAAUUGUAUUAUGGUUUAGGCAGAGGGUUAAAGUAGGGCACUUAUACUUGCACCUACAGAUAUAGGGACAGAUGGGAGGUAGGUGCUAGGUGUAUAUUUAUAAAGCGUCAUGGUUUAUUCCUUGUGCAUAUAUUUUUAUAUACCCACUUUAACAUGUAUUUCAGUGUUGCCUUCAGGGGCAAAUAAAAUAGUUCAAUUCGUCUGAAGAUCUUUGAAGCAACAUAACCCAAAUGGAGACUUCUCCCAAAAUAUUACCUGUCUAUGCAACACUCUUCUGUUUAAUAACUUACUGAGUUUAGCUUUAUUUAAUGAAUUUGCCAUUCUUGCAAAACAUUCACUUAAAUGCAUUUUCAAAAUUGAGAUUAGAAGUGCCUUAACUGAUGUGCUAAGGGAUCAAGUGCCAUAUAGUGGUGUAAUAUGACACUGCUUUCUUGUUGCUAUCCCAGCCUGCCAUAUGUAACAUGCUUUUGUAUAAUUUAUGCUAAUAAUAUAUACUUGAUUUAUAUUUUUAUUCUAUUUCUUUUUAUUGUUUACUACUGACUAUAUACAAUAAAUGAAUCCAACAGUG